GUGACUUUUUUUUUUUACUCGUUCGUUAAGGACGCAUUCAACCUCAACACCUACUCCAGCAAAGAUGACGUCAUCAACGCGAUCGGCCGCGUGCCGCACCGGAAGGGAGAUUACACCGAUACGGGCCUGGGCAUCACAUACAUGGACGAGGUCCAGCUGGCCGACGGCGUGGUGAGGCCUGGAGUUGUCAAGGUCGGUCUGGUCAUUACAGACGGCAUUUCACAAGAGUAAGUGCCCUUAAUCAUAGGGUCCCAACCCCGUCGAUGUUGAAGACCAUGUGCAGCCAAUGAUUGUUUGAAAAGCCAUUAAAUAUCAUCAAAAUAUAUUUUUAUUUUUUUUAAAACAACUUCUUUGACGAAGGAUAAAAAUUUAGAGGGGUCUCAACUGCAAGCUCUCAAAAUUCGCAGAUGUUGACCGCUGUGAUUCUUACUAACAACUAAAGAACUAAUUAACCCGCAUAGUGAUCAUGCCGUUGCACAUUAUAAAAAACACAACUCUAUUUCAAAUGUUGUCUCAUUCAGCUUUAGUUUUCGUCAGAGCUACCGGGAUAAUCAUUAAGUAAGUCUGCGACAAUACUUGCCAGGCGAAUUCAAAUUCUUAGAAAGGUGCAGGAGAUCAGAUCUGGAUAUUUGUAAAUCAAUUUAAAAUAAAAAAUCUGAGCUUUCAUCAUUAUUCUUAUGCAAAAGAAUCCGUAAUCAUCUCGACGGCCCUAGGUAAACUUCAACAUUUCUCCUUCGUCACUUCAAACCUCCACACUGCCCCAGUUUUAUUUUGAAUAAACUAUCCUUCUUACCGCAAUCAGACCUGGGAAAACUAAAAGUGCGGCAGAGGCUGCCAGAGCUCGCGGCAUCGAAAUUUUUGCUGUGGGAGUGGGCAGUUGGGUCACGAACACCGAGCUGCAGGCCAUAGCAGGUGACUCCAAGCGUGUGGUCAAGGUGGGAAACUACGACGAGCUCAACACCAUCACGAAGCCACUGGCUCAGAUGACUUGUAUCAGUAAGUAG